CAAGGCAUUCUAGCAUCAGCUGUACCGACGCCAAAAACUCCAAUCUAUCAGCGCUACACAACCGCCCUCCAGAAUGACCCCCGGUGUUCGCAAGAGGUAGCGCUGGGCAGACGCAUCGGCCUGUACCGGUUCUGUGGCGAUAUCGGACGAGGCAACUUCUCGCGUGUCAAGCUCGCUGUUCAUCAAUUAACCAAAGAUAAAGUCGCUAUUAAGGUAGUGGACACCAGUCGUCUAGAUGCUAAGGCGCUACGCAUGUUGUCGCGCGAGGUAAGCACGCUUGAGUGUGUUUACCAUCCAUUUAUUCUAAGACUGUUCGAAGUGAUAGAAACAUUGGGAAAGAUUCAUCUGAUCAGCGAAUGGGUGCAAGGCGGUGAACUUUACAAUCGCAUUACGGAGGUCGGCCCGCUCAAGGAACCGCACGCUGCAUUGCUUUUCCAACAACUGCUACUGGCUGUGAAGCAUCUGCAUAGUUUAGGUUUCGUGCAUCGUGAUAUCAAGGCGGAGAAUGUGUUACUGGUGAGCGAGGAACGCAUCAAGCUGGCCGAUUUUGGCUUCAGCACUCAGCUGGUAAACGGACCCUGGCAGCAUUUGGACACGUUUUGUGGUUCACCACCGUACGCCGCACCGGAACUGUUCAGCGACGAUCACUACAUCGGAGGGCCGGUCGAUAUCUGGGCCCUCGGCAUAUUGCUCUACUUCAUGCUGGAGGGAUGUAUGCCGUUCAAAGCACCCACAGUACCACUGCUAAGGACGGCCGUGCUUAAGGGAGAAUUUGUCAUCUCCACCAGCCUGAGUGUGCCAUGCUGUCGCGUCAUUCAGCGAAUUCUGGUUCAUACACCGUCCCGACGACCCACGAUCGAGCAGCUGUUGGACUGCCAGUGGUUCAGAUACGCACAGGAUCAUGCCGGUCGCCUCGGGAGGGUGAACCACCAUCAUCAAACCACCGUCGGCCAAAUUCGAAACCCCAACAAUGUUCCUAGGCGAAGGCGAAAAAAGCUGUUCUGGUUUUUUCCCGCCCCUCGCGAUCGACUUUCCUCGCCCGAGUCAAACGCAUCCAGCCGUGAUAACAACCUUAGUGCUGCCAACAACAAUCAGCGUCACCAACAUCAUCACCAUCGUCGGCACCAACCAAUAACGUCCUCCUCGACGAAGUCAUCGUCCUCGCGGGACGAGCGCCUAGCCAAUGCACCGGAGAUACCCAAUUUGCGUACGAUCGCUUGCAGCACCAAGCGGGCCGCAAGCGUAUUGGAGGAAAACUAUCUGCAUCCGCUCAAGCCGGAUCCACGGGUCGCGGCUGACGCGGCGGACACCACAUUCGUCACCGAACACCAUCUGCAUCAUUCCCAUUUAAGCAAGGAUCUUUCCAACGAUGUGUCAAAUAAUAAUAAUGAUAACAAUAACGCUAAUGGUACGAAUAACUACAAUAAUCAAGUCACCAACGAUCCGACAGCCGGAAUCAAUGGCAAUCGUAAGGAAAGUAGCACCAGUCAGGAGAGAAAACCUCGUCGAUUUUCCUUUGGCCGUACGCUAAAGAAGCGCAUCGGCCCAAUGGAGUUAGUGUCGGCGGAGAGUUUAACCGGGCCGGAUGGUGUGUCGCGUGCCAAUCGUGUGAUAGAUCUGCGCGAAAAACUGCACCGGACGAUUGACGAUGAACAUGGCCGGUUCAUGAUGUACCCGACGACGACCGUUUCCUCCGAGGGUAAUCGACAUUUGCAUUCGUUGGAAAUGGAAACUCGCCGCAUGAUGAAGGCUCUCGGUAUAACCGGAGACAUGAUCGCGCGGGCGGUUACAAACGGACCGCGUAGUGACAUUAUCGGUGUGUACCGCAUCAUAAUGCAUCGUUUACAGCGGGAGCAAACGAACGCCCGGUUAGCGACGACAAACGGAGGAGCCUACGAAUUUCUCGAGCUGAAAUCAAUCACUGGGACGGCGCAUUCCGGUUCCAGCACGGGACGCAGCGGACCAAACAGUGGGGCAGGGCGAAACACUGCCAACAGUCGGCGACAUAUCGAUCAGAACCGUGGAAGGAUCUGUGCCAUUCUUUAA